AUGGCUCCCAAUUUUGACGCAAUGACCCUUGUCCAGAUCCGUCAGUUCUUGCGAGAUUUCUCCAUUCGCAUGCCAGCCCGCGCACGCAGGGCAGAGCUCCUGCAGAUAGCGGAAUGUCAUGGCUUCAUAAGCACGCCCAAAGACGAAGGCGUUCGACUGGCCGCGACCGCUUCAGAACAGCCAAGAACAUCGACUGAAAAAGGCGACACGAAGCCGGCAAGCAGCUCGGCCAUGAUGACAGUCCAUGACCCGCUCCGAAACAUUCCCACCAAGAGCGACGACGUCUCGUACCUGCAAGCAAACUUCAAUCCGGCCUCCCUCACCAUCGCCAGGCUGCGUAACAUCUUGGCAGCUCACGAGGUGUCAUACGCCACGGCGAAGACAAAGAACGAUUUUAUCCAGCUCUUCCUUUCCAACAUCAAGCCGCGGGCUGAGGCCACCAUCAAGGCCAUGGCCGCAGUCAAGAGAACAGAUGCAGGAAUCAUUGACAUGAGAUCGUGA